GUUGGGUGCUGGAGUCCCACUGCUCGGCUUUCUCAGUCAGCACUUUUAUCUGCAAAGUGGGUCUUUGGGAAGAAAAAAAGUCUCAUCUGCUUCAUAAAAGGAGCUCUCAGAGAUAAAGAAAAAGAGAUUAUCCCAGUUUGGGGUUGGGGCGACUCUGAGGCCAGAGGAACCAGAGCUCAAGGUCCAGGCCCUUUCUCUGACUAGCUACACAUUACGUGUAAUUGUUGAUGUGAUCACUCUCCAAGGGGACAACGCUAUCAGCAUUCCAUCAGCAGAUAUAGUCAGCUUUAAUAUCUGCUAUUGCUAACUCGGUGCGGAGACUCCACAGACGAAAAUAAAUACACUUGCUCCCGCGGGAGACCGAAGUGUGAACAGAAAAUAACAGCGCCAUGUGACAAGCUGCAGGGACAGAAUGGCGGCGGUGGGAGUGGAAGAAGAGUUGGAAGGUGGCUUGGAAUUGCUUCAUCGGCCUUCCCUCUCCCUUGCUUGCCUUCCGUCACGCGGCUCCUUCACCAGAGAGAUCUGGAGCUGGGGUCCAAUCCUCCCAGAGUAGGUCAUACUCUCCAUUUCACUGGCAGUAAAAACGGGGGACCGUAGCAGCGUCGUGGGAGGGUGUUUUGAAGCUUAAACAAGCAAACCAGAUUGUUACUUCUCUCAACUUCGAGAGGGGCAGGUAUGAGAAGUCUCACAAUGGACACGAGAUAACAGUGAGUCAUAAUGGCAGUGCUACACCCAGGUACACCGGCAGUCCUGCGGGCCCAGCCAGGCAGCAGCCAGGUGAUGCGCUCAGGCUAGAGUUAAGAACCCAGAAUGGUUCUGAACCGCAACCUGCUACAGGGAGAACACGAAAAUCAGGACGGUUCUGGACCCCCUGCAGUCGGCUGGGCCACCGAGGGCCACUCCACAAAUCCCCUCGCCUGUUUCUUCCUGUGUAAAAUGGGGCUUCAAUGCUUGUCGGUUGGAGGGGUUGUUCAUUUUCCGCACUUUGCAGUAUGGCUACAUCUUCUCUCUCUAAGCCUCCCAGAUUCACUGCAGUAGACGCAGCGGUCCCGACUGGUCUUCCCAGGCGGAGAACCCACACUGGCUGGGGUCCCAAGAAGCUGCCGCCGCACCUCGGAGCAGUUGGGAAAGUCACUUCACAGCCCGGUGGGACACUCCUCCCGCGGACUGUGAGAGCCAAGGCCCCGCCCACCGGCUAACACGGAGGCGGGGCGGGGCCGGGUUUGGGGGCGUGACCAGUCUGGUGGGCGGGGCCACUCGGAGAAGGCGGAAGCUUGCAGUAGCCGGGCGGCGGCAGAACCAGGAGUCCGGAUUUCCACGUUCUCUGGAGCGGGGCGCCGGGAGACGGCGGGUGGCAAAACCCGGCGCCCGGAAGCCUUGCUUUCUUUGACGCAAAGGCUCGGGACGAAACAGCCACCGUCUGCCCAGCGUCGGGCUAGGAGCGACCCCAGACGGAGCCUCCGAAGUCCCUCCGCCCCACAGCUUCGGCCGUCCCCGCCGCCGUCCUCGUGGCUAUGGAGUGUCCGCACCUCAGCUCCAGCGUCUGCAUCGCCCCGGACUCAGCCAAGUUCCCCAACGGCUCCCCGUCGUCCUGGUGCUGCAGCGUGUGCAGGUCCAACAAAAGCCCCUGGGUCUGUUUGACUUGUUCAAGUGUCCACUGUGGAAGGUAUGUGAACGGCCAUGCAAAGAAACAUUAUGAAGAUGCGCAGAUAACCUUGCCCAACCAUAAGAGGUCAGAAAAGCAAGAGAAAGCUCAGCAUACAGUGUGUAUGGAUUGCAGUAGCUACAGCACAUACUGUUAUCGUUGUGACGAUUUUGUGGUCAAUGACACCAAGCUUGGCCUGGUGCAGAAAGUGAGAGAACACUUACAGAACUUGGAAAACUCAGCUUUUACAGCUGACAGGCAUAGAAAAAGAAAAUUAUUGGAAAACUCAUCACUAAACAGCAAGUUAUUAAAAGUAAAUGGAAGUGCGACUGCCAUCUGUGCCACAGGUCUCCGGAAUUUGGGCAACACAUGUUUCAUGAAUGCUAUCCUCCAGUCACUCAGUAACAUUGAGCAGUUCUGCUGUUAUUUCAAAGAACUGCCUGCUGUGGAAUUAAGGAAUGGAAAAACAGCAGGAAGGCGAACAUACCACACCAGGAGCCAAGGGGACAACAAUGUGUCUCUAGUAGAAGAGUUUAGGAAGACACUGUGUGCUUUAUGGCAAGGCAGCCAGACUGCAUUUAGUCCUGAGUCCUUGUUUUAUGUUGUCUGGAAGAUCAUGCCUAACUUCAGGGGUUAUCAGCAGCAAGAUGCUCACGAAUUCAUGCGCUACCUUUUGGAUCACCUACACUUGGAACUUCAGGGUGGCUUCAAUGGUGUUUCCCGAUCAGCGAUUCUACAGGAGAAUUCUGCUCUGUCUGCAAAUAACAAAUGCUGCAUAAAUGGAGCCUCAACUGUUGUCACAGCAAUAUUUGGAGGAAUUCUCCAGAAUGAGGUCAACUGCCUCAUAUGUGGGACAGAGUCAAGAAAGUUUGAUCCAUUCCUAGAUCUCUCCUUAGAUAUUCCAAGUCAAUUCAGAAGCAAGCGCUCUAAGAACCAGGAAAGUGGGCCGGUUUGCUCAUUACGAGACUGUCUGCGGAGCUUCACUGACCUGGAGGAGCUUGACGAGACGGAGCUGUACAUGUGCCACAAGUGCAGGCAGAAGCAGAAGUCCACAAAGAAGUUCUGGAUCCAGAAGCUUCCCAAGGUGCUGUGCUUGCACUUGAAAAGGUUCCACUGGACAGCGUAUUUAAGAAACAAAGUUGAUACGUAUGUAGAAUUCCCGCUGAGAGGCCUGGACAUGAAGUGCUACCUACUAGAGCCAGAGAACAGUGGCCCGGAGAGUUGCCUGUAUGACCUCGCUGCUGUGGUAGUGCACCAUGGCUCUGGGGUUGGUUCUGGACAUUACACAGCAUAUGCAACUCAUGAAGGCCGCUGGUUCCAUUUCAAUGACAGUACUGUGACCAUGACUGACGAGGAGACCGUUGGGAAGGCGAAGGCCUACAUUCUGUUCUAUGUGGAGCGUCAGGCCAGAGCUGGAUCAGACAAACUUUAAUACUUCCUCUGACCACAGUUCAAUUGUACCGGACAAACAUUUCCAAUUUUCCAUAAAUACUUGAUCCAAGAGUUAAUUUCGUUAUGCACUUUUUCAAUUUCCAGUUUGGGGUUUAGUUUGGUCAGUGGUAGUGACUUACUCAAUAUGGGCACCAACUAAUCUUUGUUGUUCUACCAGAAAACCUCAGCAGGCAUCUUGAUUGGCUGCUUUAGUUGUAAUAACUCGAGUUUUCUAUGUAGUUUCCAGGACUUAGUUCUGUUUGACUUUUUAUAUUACUGUUUUCAGUUCUCACCAAGGCACAUGUGCGCUGCCCUCACAUUCUGGGAGCCAUGCCAUUUGCUGCCUUUCAUAGCAGUCAGGAUUGUGUGCGCAGGACCUGGGGCCACGGGUCUCACAGUGACUGCUCAGGAAUUCCUUCUGACUGUAGGCCGUAGCCGAAGAGAGGAGACCAGGUUGUUGCUACUGCCUGUGUCUCUGGGCUGCUGUUUUCAGCGUCAAAUAAACCUGUCCGUUGUGUUGCAUCCAUGA